UGGUGAGUGUUAUCCUUUCAUAACACAACAAUUACAAUUCGCACCCAUUAGCCAGAUGUUUGUUGGUCCUGAUGUGAUGUUGUGUGGAGAGCAAGUUUUACGUAGCCGCGGAGGUCAGUCGUGCUGUGGACGUUGUCUGCAUUGCGUCAGUCGUACUCCGUUUAAAUGUACAUGGUAGGCUAGACUGGAGAGUACAUGCGCAUCGUGUCAAUGGCGGCAGGUGACGUGACGAGGGUCGUCCACCGAUGUGAGCAAGCAAGUGAAGAUUGCAAACUUGACUUGUCCCACUGCCUCCUGACCGCCUUCCCUGACGCCGUCUUCCACCUCACGAGGCACACCACCAUCGAGUCAUGUGACUUGUCGCAUAACUUGCUGAAGAAAUUGCCGGCCAAGUUUGCCGCAACGUUUGUUCAUUUGAAAGUCCUUGACCUGUCGUCAAACAAACUUGAAAGUCUCCAAGAUGGGCUGUCACGACUACACGACCUUCAGACUCUCAAUUUAGCCAACAACGUCCUCACUGUAUUCCCAGCAGCAAUCAUCUCUAGUCUUCCAAAAUUGGAGGUGCUGAAUCUUCAGAAUAACAGUAUUUCCGAUGUAGACUGCCAGUGUUUGUCAACGGCUUCAUCAACUUUGCAAGAGAUCAACUUGGAGGGGAAUCCUCUGACGAACAACUGUCGAACCCUCCUCAAAGACGUCAUGGAAGUGAACAUUAAGAUGACUCAUUCUGAUGAGCAUUAGUUCAGUUGGUCUGUCUCAGGCCACAACUUGGAGGCAGCACCGGCAAAAUGUUGCAGUAGUGCAAAUUAGAAGACAGUGGGUCUUUAGUUGACUAUCUGUGCUUGGUUGGAACUUGGAAAAGGUACACAAAUGGAACAGGAAGUUACAUAGUUUAAAAAAUAAAAAUCAAAUAAUGCUGUACUUUUUUUAAGAGGUAAACAUAAUCCACAAACUUUUACAGGGGUGCAUCUGAAAUAAGAACAGCCAUUGCGUUUUUUCCAAUUAUUAAUAAACCAUUUCCAUUAUUUCAAGCACUAAAGAAGCAAGGUCAAUUGGGAACAAAGCACAUGCACGAGACAGAACUCACAACCGCGUUCGCAAGCUUCAUUUUGGGCAUGUCUUUGCGGAUUGAAGUGAUUUCAGUUAGGAGCACGGUAUAAGGCCAGAACUUGUCUAUCGUAUUCAAGAUAGACCAUUCAGUAGUCUGGUGGCAUAACUGCCAAGAGGUAGAGACCAGACUUCAGAUGUUCCAUUUGACAAAGGUACAUGUAUGUAAUUGUGCGGUGGUGAAGAAGUGUGCGAAACGGGUGCCAAUUUAUUUGCCUGUUACUGCAAUAUCUUCAUUAUUUUACAUGAGACUUCAAGUGUCCAAAAUGUUGUGAUGUAGAUUCCACCAGCAGACUGUAGCAACGACAUUCAUCUCAUGACUUCAAUUUGUGUUUUGCCGAAGGAAUAAUAAAUUAUGUGGGUAUCGCAAAUUUCA